UCAGAAUAUAUAUAGUGCUGCAGAUCAAAGAGAGGAGGGAGACGAAAGAACAAGAACAGAGAAAGAGAGGGAGAUCAAUUAAGAAUACUGAGAUGGGCAGCAUAUGGAAAUCUAAAGUCCUUCCAAGUUUUGCAAAUGUUUUUGGUAAUAGCAAGAAGAAAGCUGCUGCAGCUGAGGCUGUCAAGUCCUUUGAUGAAUCCAAGGAAGAGUAUGGCAGAGGGUUUGAAGAGAAGAAGACUGAACUGCAAGCUAAAGUUGUAGAGAUUUAUGAAGCUUCUCCAGCGCCAAUUAAGGCUUUGGUGAAGAAACCCACAGAGUCUGGUCUGAAGAAGAACUCAUCAGGAGUCAAGAAAUUCCUUGAAGAAUUAGUGAAGAUUGAGUUUCCGGGCUCCAAGCCGGUGAGCGAGGCCGCCGUCACGUUCGGUUCAGCGUACGUCGCCGGACCGAUCACCUUCAUCUUCGAGGAGGUCUCCAGCCUUCUCCCGGCGGAAGAAGAGCCACCUGCCGCCCCGGCCCCCGGAGAGCGCACCAGCAAAGAGGUAACCGCCGAGGUCAUCGAGGAGACCAAGAAGGAGGAGGAGGAAACCACGCCGCCUGCAUCCGCUACAGAAACUCCUGCCCUGGCCGAGUCGACGACCACCGAACCUCCACCGCCUCGGGCGGAGGACGCGCCGGCGACGGAGCCCGCCAAAGCAUGAGGUGAUACGUACACUCUGCUUAAUUAAUUUCACGGAUCGAAAACACAGCUAGCAAGCAAGCCAUCGCGAUUCUGUGUCUAUGUACGCGAUUGAAUUGUUAUAAAUUUUUUUCUCGAUUCCUUCUGUAUUUCUGGAUUAUGAACAAUAUCUAAUGGUGUGGUGAUUUCUUAUAAAAUCUACUGUUGUCGAUCUCA